GCAGCGGAGAGAGGGUACGACAGCACAGUGAGGGAGCUGAUCAACCUCGGGCUCAGCGUCAACAGCCAAGGACGGCACGGACAGACCCCCCUGCAUGUCGCCGCCGCCUUCGGCAGACUCACCGUCCUCAACUCUCUCUGUGACCUCGGCGCCGAUGUGAACGCGGUGGACAUGCUCGGCUGGACUCCUCUCCAUCAGGCGUCCUUCUUCGGGCAGGCAACUGCAUGCUUCCUCCUCGUC